AUGGCGGCACCUGGCUCUCCACCAGGUCACGGGGCUUAUCUUCAAUAUUAUUCUGAAGGAGUUCAACCUCCAGGAGCUUACCCUGCUGGUUCAAUUUCUCCUCCAUUCGGCCCCCAAUAUGUUCCGCGGUAUUACCAACCGCUUUAUUCGGGACCAAUUAUACACCAUGGAGCGGAAGGUCAAAUGGUGGCUGCUGAUACGUCAGCACCAAAUCCGCCCGAAACCAUAGCUAAUAACGACGUUCCCCUCAUAGUUACUAGCGACCCUACCGAAGAAUUGAGUGAAUUGGUUCAAAAGAAGCUGAAUGUUGAUGGCAGUGAGAAUGAUGCUGGGGCUGAAGGCGGAGAUAUAAAAUAA